AUGAUGACUCCGGAUAAAGAGGCGGCGACGGCCCUCAAAUUGCAGGGGAAUAAGGCAUUCGCACAGCACGAUUGGGUCCAGGCGUUGGAGUUAUACACCAAGGCUAUUGAGAAAUAUGACCAGGAUUCUUCGUUUUAUUGCAACCGCGCUCAGGUACAUAUCAAGCUGGAAGCGUAUGGCUAUGCAGUAGCAGACGCCACUAAGGCAAUCGAGCUGAAUCCAGAUUAUGUUAAGGCAUAUUGGCGACGAGCUAUCGCAAACACCGCCAUUCUCAACCCGCGCGCAGCGCUGAAAGAUUUAAAAACCGUCGUCCGCAAGGCGCCAAACGACCCCGAUGCGAAGCUGAAACUGUCAGAAUGCGAAAAGCUGGUGCGACGGGUCGAGUUUGAGAAGGCCAUUGAGGUUGCGGACCCGCCGUCUGCGUUUGAGGGCCUGGAUAUUGACAACAUGGUUGUGGAGGAGAGCUAUGAUGGCGUGCGAUUAGGCAAUAUGAUGACGCAGGAGUUCAUAGAUGAUAUGAUUGAGCGAUUUAAGGCUGGGAAGAAGAUUCAUAAGAAGUAUGCGUUUCAGAUUGUGCGGGCGACGAAGGAUAUCGUUUAUGAUGAGCCGACGAUGGUGGAGAUUGCCGUGACUGAGGGGACGAAGCUGACGGUUUGUGGGGAUACGCAUGGCCAAUUCUUCGACCUCCUCGAAAUCUUUCGUCUAAACGGUUAUCCCUCCGACACACACGGUUACCUCUUCAACGGCGACUUUGUUGACCGAGGCUCCUGGUCCACCGAAAUCGCCCUCCUUCUCUUCUCUUACAAAUGGCUACGACCAACAAAAUUUUUCCUGAACCGGGGAAACCAUGAGACAGAUGACAUGAACCGCACCUAUGGCUUUGAAGGUGAAUGCAAGGCUAAAUACAACGAGCGGCUCUUCAAGACAUUUUCCGAAUCCUUCUCCGCGCUCCCUCUUGCCACGCUGAUCGGCGACAAAUAUCUGACGCUGCAUGGAGGGUUGUUUUCAGACGAUAAGGUCACUCUGGACGAUAUUAGGAAGCUGAAUAGGCAUAACCAGCGGCAGCCAGGGCAGUCCGGACUUAUGAUGGAGAUGCUCUGGACGGAUCCGCAAACAGCGCCUGGGAGGGGACCGAGUAAGAGAGGGGUUGGGUUGCAGUUUGGGCCGGAUGUUACCAAGAGAUUUUGUGAGACGAAUGGGAUUGAAGCUGUUAUUAGGAGCCAUGAGGUUCGGAUGGAAGGAUAUGAGGUUGAGCAUGAUGGGAGGUGUAUUACGGUUUUCUCCGCGCCCAGGUACUGCGAUAGCACAGAGAAUAAGGGCGCGUAUAUCAAUAUCGGCCACGACUUAAAACUUGACUUCCAUAAAUUCGAAGCCGUUCCGCAUCCUAAUAUCAAGCCUAUGGCCUAUGCUGCAAACUCUAUUAUGUCUCUUAUGUGA